AUGGCUGCUCGAUUUAUUCCACCAGAAAUUCCUGACAACCCCAAUGGCUGGGGGCCUUACAGUGUUCCAAAUGAGUUCCAAGAAAUUCCUUACCAGCCUUUUGCUAAGAGCGAUCGACUUGGAAAGGUAACAGAUUGGAAUGCUGUAGGUACCUCUCAAGAUAAGAAAACGAAAGAUAAAUAUGCGGCACACUUUGGAGCUGGAGGCUCUGCGUAUAGCUACUACCAUGAUCAAGAUGAUACCUUCAAAUUAGUUGAUACAAAUACUAGGAAGGACAAGCAUGGACAUCGCCGGUAUAUGUACAAUAGACAGCGAUACAAUCGUCGGCAGGUCUACAACACUCAUGGCAAUCGUGACAGGCCCCUAACGAUUAUUAAUCUUCAAUUUUCUUUGCUUAGGGACAAUCGUCAACGCAAGAAACAAAAACACUAUUAUUCAUACGGCCGCGGCCACCACCAACAACCGCAAGCUAAACAUCGCACAGCUUCCGUAGAAGUACUUUAUAACUGGAAAGAAUUUGACGAAAUAUCAUUCGCUCAGUUGAGUAAGCUCAAUUUACCCGACGUUGGCCAACCGGAAGACCUUUACUGUUGCGGUUCUAUGGAAUACUAUGACAAGUCUUACGAUCGAGUAAAUGUAAGAAACGAAAAGCCCUUGUUACCAGUCAAUCGAACUUUUCAUAAAGUAACUACAACGGAUGAUCCAAUUAUUCGCAAGCUAACUUCGAAAGGGAAUGUUUUUGCUACGGAUGCUAUAAUUGCGACCUUGAUGACUUGCUCGAGAUCCGUCUACCCCUGGGAUAUCGUUGCUCAUCGCGUACGUGAUAAACUUUUCCUUGACAAGCGCGAUGAUUCGGGGUUUGACUUGUUAACUGUUAAUGAAACCUCGUACGAUCCGCCUCCAGAUGAUGAAGACGGAAUAAACUCUGCACAAAGUCUAGCACUUGAGGCAACAAUAAUUAAUCAACAUUUCUCACAACAAGUUCUUAAGAAGGGGGAGCGAUUUGAAUUUGAUAAGCCUAACCCAUUUGUGCAAGAGGAAGAGGACAGCGAUGUUGCUUCCGUUGGCUAUAGGUAUCGUAAAUGGGUAUUAAAGAAAGAUGAUGCAGCUGCUAUCGAAUUGAUAGUCAGAUGCGAGCAUGACGCUGUAUGGGUUACUGCUAGCAGCGAGCCAACAUUUAUGAAUAUUAAAGCUUUAAAUGAAUACGAUCCACAAGUAAUAAAAGCAGAAUAUUGGCGUAAAAAGUUAGAUACUCAACGAGGUGCAGUUCUUGCGGCAGAACUUAAGAAUAAUAGCUAUAAGCUAACCAAAUGGACUGCUAGCGCAAUACUAGCUGGAUCACAAAUUCUUAAAUUUGGUUACGUUUCUCGUGUCAAUCCAGCCAGUACCUCAAAACAUGUAGUUCUUGGAACACAACAAUAUUCAUCUGUAGAAUUUGCGUCGCAAAUAAAUUUACAAAUGGACAAUGCUUGGGGUAUCCUUCGAGUAAUUAUUGAUACUUUGAUGUCAUACAGUGAAGGCAAAUAUGUUAUUUUGAAAGAUCCGAAUAAGCCUAUGAUUCGUUUAUAUUCUGUGCCUGAAAACACCUUCGAAGAUGAAGAUGGUGAUGAUUAUUCCGAAAAUGAAGGUAAGUUUUUAGGGUAUAACUAA